AUGAUUGGGGGCUCGAAGAGGGGACUCAAGCUGGGCCUAGGCGAGGUCAAAAAGAAGGAACGCCUCAUCCCACUGAGGGCCAAGGAGGGAGCAGGAAAGAGCUUAAAUGCUGAUUACCAUGAAGUGAAGAUGAAGACAACAGAGAAAUGCCUUGAACGUUGCUGGGGCAAGUCAGUCUUCUAUUGCUCAACAGCUGAGGGAGUGAAGCUCCCGUCGGAUAAGGGGUGUGAAUUUGAACUAGGUGGAGAUGACGAGGGGGCCGACCCCAAGGUGAUCAGGAAGGCCGAAGGAUCUUUAGUAGUGUGGACAGCUGCACAGGUUGCCGGGACUGCCGAGGAGGGCAACAAGACGUCGAAGGUGAACGUUACGAGGAAGAAAACUGAGCAGGCUUUGCAGGAGCAAGUGAGAAGUUAG